CUGAAAGCAGUGAGGCCAUUUCACUAGCGGUUCCGAAAAAUAAAACGGAUUGUGCGUUCGUUUCAUCAUUUUCCGCGAAUGUGAUCGGGUGACCUCGCAGUUGCCUUCUAUGACUAACAUCUUCCACUUGCACCGUCAUUCGUGGAUCGUGAUCCUGUAAAUUUAAAAGGGUAUCGAUUCAAUGAGAUUUUGUGGUAUUAUUGUAAAUUUUCCAAAAAUUUGACUAGAGGAAACUCGUCAGACUUGAGAAAAUGGGACUAGACAGAAUUCGUUUUGAAGGAGAAGUGGACGAGGAAUUGCUGUGUCCUGUGUGUUCUGACGUCCUUGAAGACCCUCUUCAGGCACCCGCGUGCGAGCACGCGUUCUGCAGCGGCUGCAUCAACGAGUGGCUCGGACGCCAGCAAACUUGCCCUGUGGACCGCCAGUCUAUCACCACCUCGCAGCUCAAGCCUGUGCCACGCAUCCUCCGCACUCUCCUUGCCAAACUGCAGAUCGCUUGCAGCAACAGGGAGCAUGGCUGCAACGCUGUCGUCAAGCUCGAGAUGCUGGGUCCGCAUCUGGAGGAGUGUGAGCACAACCCUAAGAGGCCCAUCCCUUGUGAAGCUGGCUGUGGUCUUGUCGUGCCCAAGGAUGAACUCAAGGAGCACAACUGCGUGCGCGAGCUGCGCGUGCUCAUCCAGAACCAGAGCGGCAAGAUCGUCGAGCUGCAGCAGGAGUUGGCAGAGAGCAAGUUCUCCCUCACUGAACAGAAGAGGGAAAUUCAGCUACUCAAGGACUUCAUGCGCGCGAUGCGCAUCAGCAACCCUGCGAUGCGGGCCAUCGCGGACCAGAUGGAGGAGGACGAGGUGGCGCGGUGGUCGGCCUCCCUCGCCAGGGCGCGCGUCACACGCUGGGGUGGCAUGAUCUCGACGCCCGACGCUGUGCUGCAGGCCGUGAUACGGCGCUCGCUGAGCGAGAGUGGCGCGCCUCCCCACAUCAUCGACCAACUCAUGGACAACGCGCACGAGCGGCGGUGGCCUCCUGGCCUCUCCACCCUCGAGACCAGACAAAUCAACAGACGGCAGUACGAAAGCUACGUGUGUCGUCGUGUGCCCGGCAAGCAAGCAGUUGUGGUGAUGGCGUGUGAUAACCGUCACAUGAACGACGACAUGCUCCUCGAGCCCGGCCUCGUCAUGAUAUUUGCGCACGGAAUAGAUUGAAGAAAACUUAGCCUAAGCGUCCAGUCUUCUCUAGUUGUCUCUCAUUACUGAUAGAUGUUAUCUAUAGGCAAGUGGUAGCUAUUUCAUAAGCUAGGGAGCGUGUAGUACUAUAAUGAUGGUAGAAAACCUGCACAAGUACCUUCAGUUAGUAGAGGAAAAUGGGAGUGGUCGUAUGGACAAAAAUAAGGAAAUUUUGCCUUACUGUGCUUUUCCGAUGACUUGGUAGCAUUUCGAUUGGACUGCAAUGAUGCGAUUCCUCGAUUUUAUCCCGUUGAAAGUUGUACUUCGGAUUGAUAAAUUAUUUUAAUGCACGGUAGGAUUACCAUGUAGAUUCCUUUAAACAGCGAUCUGUGCUUUGAGCUUGAAUUAGUUUUUUGUUUUCUAGUUGAAUUUGCAAUUUAUCUGCGCACACUGACUGUUUUUUUCUAGAGUAAUUGUCCAUUAUUUGAGUUAGAUCUGUAUAUACAUUUAAGUCGCCAUUUAAAUGGUAAUUAUUCUGUUCUGAAAAUGACUGGGGUUGAAUUUAUUUCAUUAAUACUUGUAGCGCGGCACCUUAGUCCUGAUAGAAAUGCAUGAACCUGCGUUUAGUUCUAUACGAUGGCCACGGACCUGAUGACAAUCACUCCUCAAUAAAAAUUUCCAGCAGUGCCCUCGUUACGAACGGAGAGUCCACUUUAUCCUGGCAAUUUUAAAUUUGCCAGUCGGACCUAAGUGUUCAUCGCCAGAGCAGCAUUAAAUGAAGAAAAGUUAUGAGCAUUUAAAUUUUGUCGCGUUUCUUAGGUCAGUCUUUUGAAAUUAAAUAAUAUACCGGUAUGACUUUUUGCAUCUCCUGAGACUUUAAUGCACAAGGAUAGGUUAUUUUUGUUAUCGAAAACUAUUACCACUUUUGACUUCAAGUUCGGAAUUGUUCCAUCUCUCUUCGUGGUGAAAUUGAAAUGAAUAUCCGGCCGUUUCCAAGUGAAUUGGCGUCUUGCAGUUUUCGUGAUGAUUAUGUGAUAUUUGAUGGUCAGGUGAUAUAUGAGGAUAAUGUGAUCAUUAUUUGCAUCAACUUUGAAAUUUUAUUCCUGAGUAACUUUUAUGCAGUUUAAAUGUUUCGUUAAAUGAGUUGCAUUUUGAAUAACUUAUUAUAAAAAUAACUUUAUCAUUAGGUUAGUGUUAGCUAACAUUAGUAUGGAUAAUUGCGUUGGAGGCUAAAACGUGCCUCGUUGUUCCGUGUUUUGAAGGAAAUGCUUCCGCAAGGAUUGAAUGUGACCAAAAACCAGCUAGUGAAUUAACUGGAUGCUGAAUGAGGAUUCGAGUUAACUAAUUGAAUGCUACGUAUUUUACUAAAUAAAGUUCAUAUUGGCUUGCCAUGCAAGUUAUUGUUUUUAGUUUAUUGCGCUAAAUAGUUGUACAAGCUUUACAUGUUUUUUGUUUAAUCUCAAAUGCAGGAUCCUUGAAAACUAUUUUAUGUCUAUAUCUUUUUGUAACCAAUAAUUAGAAGCGGCCACUCGCAAGGAAGCGCUCUCGAUUGCUGCAUUAAAUGUUGAUUGCUGAAAUAUAUUUAAACCUUUGUAAUUUUUCUGUAUAUGACAAUAGCUUUGGGUUGAGUAUGUGUGUUUAGAGAUAUUUCUUACAAUUUUCAAUUAUUAAGCUAAUUAAUGUACUAGAACGUUUAUACAUAUACAAAUAACUUCUUGAAACAUGUCACUGGCCUAGAUAACCUGAAUACGAGAACUGUACGGUGCCUGUGUAAAUGGCGUGCUGUAAAUGCUCUUAGAAAAACCAUCUCUUAAUGACAUUGGAAGCAUCCUUGAAUUUACAUACACUUUUUGAUACUUGGCCGAUUUUCUCAUCACAAUUUAAUAAAUUCCUUUAAUUUUCUUGACUUAAAUUAAGUCCUGAAGAAGUCUCAUUUAUUAGGUAAAUAAACUUGAUUGAGGAAUUUCUUGCUCACUUCAAGAUCCCACUUGUUACUGUGUCCUGAGAUAUGGAAGCUCACUUUAGAGUCUCAAAUUAUUAUGUCUUCUUAUUGCUGUAUUUCUUCUUUUGAUUUCUGGGUGUUUGAGAAGACUAUUUAGUUUGCCUCCUCGCUACAUUUGCAGGUUUUACGUCGUAGGUUACUAUUUAGCUAAGCGUUAUUUGUUGAAUUUGCUAUAUUUUCUUUUGUAUUUAAGAUGCUUCUUUCAGUGUCUUAUUAUACUCUCUAACUCGCCAGGCUUUAAAUCUGUUAAUUAAGUGGAGCGAGAGACGCCGUUUCUGCUUAUGGAAGUUGCAGGAAGAGAUCGCAGAGCGGAGCAUCCCUGCGCGCUCCUCUUCACUCGCUAAGCAAUAGCUAGCAAACUUUGAAGAUAAGCUACGAUAUUUGCGCGUUAGAAGUAUUUUUAAGCGAUUACAGGACGGCUAGCUGAGUUGAUCCUAACUUAAUAGGUCAUGUAAUGAAAAUAAUUGCCGCAUGUAUUGUUUCCGGUAAUUGUAUGUUUUAUGAUCACUAAUGUUAUAUCAUGUAUAUUUCCUACAACUAUAUUAAGGAUUGACGAUCUCUCUUACAUGUGUCCAUUUACACAGUUUAUUUUACCCCCACCCAGGUUUCAACUACAGCUCAUAUGUUUUAUCACUAGUUUUUCUCUGCCAUCACCAAUUGUUCUUAUCGCCAUCUCAUGAUUAUCAAGUUGCUAGUCGAGCAAACUUUCUCCCUUAGAGCGAAGGAAGGUCGUAAUUCCUCGCCGCUUUUGAGGCGCACCUUCAUGCUUCUUAAUGAAAUUGUAGGAGUCCAGCGGAUGUUCGUCAAUUCGUUUUUAACAGAUAAAAAUCUCAGUUAGUAAUAUUUUUUGUUCAAUUGCAUAAAAACCUAGUCUCUUGGACGAAUUGAUAUUAUCUUAAUGAAAUAAAAGGUCGGCAGGUAAUAACAAAAAUUUUAAUGUGAAAAUUUUCCCGUUAAGCCUUGAGUUACUGACUGAAUAGUUUUGAAGAUAAUAUCCACUUUACUAUAGAUAAUAAGUCGGACACUUCCUUAUCAAAUAAGACUCCUUGAAUUAUGUGCGAGAGAUGUCCACUGUGCAGCGAAAUCUAUUUAAAUGUAGCGCCAUAAACAAAUCGUUUCUGAACAAAUGGAAUAAAAUUCUUUCCUGGAGGAUUGUUCCCGUGUGGUCGAAGCGUAAUGUCGGCUGGUGUUGCCGUGCUUCUUCUAAGCUUCGAUUUUUAUGGAAGCCAUUAUACUUCGUUCGCUAAUUGUAUCAUCUUUUGAUUUUCUAUAGGAAGUGCAAUGUUGCAGGGAAUAAUGUAUGUGGUCGCGCUUACGCCUUCCUUCGUCUAUAGUCGAAUAUGAUAAGCCUUCUUUGAAGAGUAUUUAAGAUUAUUUAGUUAUAUCAACUUCGAUAUUUCUUAAUUUUUUAUUUUCUUUACUCUAUUUUCAUUUUUUAUUGUUCACAAUCAUUUAUGGAUCUCCGUUUUUAUAGAAGAAAAAUGCAAGUUAUUUCAA